GUUUUGUUCAGUUGUGAAUGCCGGGUCCUGUCCAGGUGACAGGAGAACAAUGUUGGUGACCGUCGCAUCAGGCUUUGAGUGCUCUGUGCGCCCCUGGGAGCAGUGGGGGCGGAAGCCGGGCAGCUGGCAGCCCGGUGAUAGCGCUCUAUCUGGGGCCGCAGCGCCUGUCCGCGCGUCCUCGGGGUUAUUUCUGGCGGGGCGGCUGCGCUGCGGUCGGCGUGGCUGGCGCCGGGGCCUGGCAGGGGUGGGCGGCCUUAUCGCCUGGUUCUCUGGCCAACGCCUGGCGCUCCAGAGCCAGCCGGGUCACUAUCCUCUCGCCAUGAGCUCCGGACCGCGCAGGGCGCUGAGCCUGCUGCUCCUGCUGCUCGCGCCACGGAGCUGCGCGGCCACACGCUGCCCCGCUCCUUGUGUCUGCGCGGGGACGCUCGUGGACUGCGGGCGCCGCGGGUUGACGUGGGCCUCGCUGCCGACCGCCUUCCCAUCAGACACGACCGAUCUGGUGCUGACCGGCAACAACCUGACGGCGCUGCCGCCGGGGCUGCUGGAUGCGCUGCCUGAGCUGCGCGCCGCGCACCUGGGCGCUAACCCCUGGCGCUGCGACUGCCACCUGGUGCCGCUGCGCGCCUGGCUCGCCGGCCAGCCCGAGCGCUCGCCCUACCGGGACCUGCGCUGCGCCGCGCCCCCCGCGCUGCGCGGCCGCCUGCUGCCCUACCUGACCGAGGACGAACUGCGCGCCGCCUGCACGCCCAGCGCGCUCUGCUGGGGGGCGCUGGCGGCGCAGCUCCUGCUGCUCGGCCUCGGGCUGCUGCACGCCUUGCUGCUGCUGCUGCUGCUGUGCCGCCUGCAGAGGCUGCGCGCCCGCGCCCGCGCCCGCACCCGCGCCGCGCACCGGCUGUCGCUGACCGCCCCGCUGGUGGCGGAGCCGGCUGGAGCCGGCGAGUCCUGAGAGCCGAGCGACGCGGAGCCAACCCGACAGGACCCAGUCCCGGGAGUCCUCGCCCUAACCUUGACCCAUGCCCCUCCGCCGCCCAGGCACAAUCUCCCAGACCACGCCGCCCCCGGCAGGCCCUUCCACAUGGGCUCUGCUCCUUCCCGCCACCACUAGCGAGGCGAAGCCAAUCCCUGCACGUUAGGCAGGUCCAGGCGGUGAGCUGCAGCCCGGACCCCGCCCGGGUCCCCCGGGCCAAAGUCCAGUGCGAAUAAAUCCUGCUCCAAAUCC